UUUUCCUUUUUCCUUUUUUUUUUUCGUUUUCAACGAAAUAGAAAAACCGAAAAGGAAGUCCACCAUUGUCUCUCUUUCUCCUAAUCAUAUCAAAUCCAAUUCUCCUGCUCAUUUUGCUAAGCUCAGAUUUCCUUCUCAAUCACUGCCAAUCUUUAAUAGCCGCCAUUUUCGUUCUUUUUCAUACCACGAACUUACUUUAUCGCCUUCUUUCCACUGUCGGCAACCUCCAAGUUGUGGCAAUGGCAGCUUCAAUCAGGAGUUUUUGUCAUUAAAUCUUGAAAUGGUUAGAAAGCUUUAUAGAUCAAGGGAUGAUUUGUGCUCUUUGACUCUAUAUCCUCCGCAAUGCAAUUAGCAUCCAAUGGCAGUCUUGGAGAAGAUAGUUUGGAAACAGAACCUAUCUUGUCGGAAUUCGUUGUUGAAGAGUCCGAGGAAUAUACUCUUUCUGAAAUUAGAACUGUUGAUGAUGAUACUUCGGUCAUGACAGAUGUUGAUACUUCUGAAAACUGCAGUUUAUUGAACUCAGAAGAACCACAAUGCCGGAUAUGCCUUGACCACGAAGGGGAAGAUUUAAUUGCUCCUUGUCAUUGCAAAGGAACUCAAAAGUAUGUUCAUAGAUCAUGUCUUGAUAAUUGGAGGUCUACAAAGGAGGGAUUUGCUUUUGCUCACUGUACAGAGUGCCGGGCAAGGUUCUUAUUGCGAGCAAAUUUCCCAUCUGAUCGCUGGUGGUUGAGAUUUAAAUUUCAGUUUCUUGUUGCCAGGGAUCACGCAUUCAUUUUCAUAUUUGUUCAACUGAUUGUGGCCAUGUUAGGCAUACUGGUAUACAAAUUUUAUGGAGAACAACUACGUGAAAUGUUUGGCUAUCAAGAGCACCCCUAUGGAUUUUAUAUAAUGGCUGUCUUGGCCAUUAUACUCGUCGGUUUGCUCUAUGGUUUCUUCAUAGCGAUCAUAUGUGGACAGAGAAUCAAUGAACGUCACUAUCAUGUUCUUGCAAAGCAAGAAUUGACAAAGGAGUAUGUUGUGGAAGAUCGGGAGUGUAAAGAUGUUCCUGAACUUGACCCUAGCCAAAUAUCAGAGCUGAGAAUGUUGGGCCUUUACUAAAGAGAACAUCUAAACUUUCCAUGACGUUCUAGUAGGCCCGGUCAUAGCUUUUUAAUUGGUAUCCAACAACAUGGAAGCGGCAUGCUGUGAGCCUGUGUAGCAUAUAGAGGGUGUUUAAUUUAGGGAAAUUUUUUUUUUUUUUUUGGUUUGGCUUGAAAAGGGAUUUCAAAUGAAAAACUUGUUCGGAAAAUCGCUUUACACACGUAUGUUUUCAUCUAAAAUUGAAAAAUCAAUUCUCGUCCACACUUCCAUCCCAACAUCUCACAGAAGAAAACUAACUAUCAUUUGCUUUCUCAUUAGAAGGUCGUUUUCAUAAAAAAUUGUUUAGUUUUCCGCCAAACCAAAUACAUAACUCCUUUUUUUUUUCAAAAGAAAAACCGAAGUAUUUUAUAGUAUCUGUUGUAAAGUUUAUAGGCAUUCAAUUUUCUUAGUCUUGUGUUCCAUUCUGUGUUCUUGAAUCUCUUGCAGUGAAUGUUGUUUGCUAAAAAAAAAACAGUCCAAUUUGUAUAUAAGCUGUGUAAUAUCAUUACUGAUCUUAGCUAUCAACAACCAACUGUUUUGUGGUAGAGAAUCUAUAUGUUGGCUUCCUGCUUUUUCUUUUUUUUUUUUUUUUUUUUAAAAAAAUAAUUCUAUCAUGACAUUAUUCAGCACUUCAGUUAAUGAUAGUAAAAUAAUGCAGUUAAACAUCUUUGUUUAGUUCUUGGCAUGAAUACUAUACUUCCUUUUAAGUACGAAAAAUGAAAUUAAAUUAACAUGUUCAACAAAGUGUACAUCAAAUGAUCUGACUCUAAUUACGUCAAUUGAAAGCCGUUUGUGGACUGAAAUUGCUAAACGACUCUUAUUAAUAUCAAAUUAAGCGUAAAAUCAGAGCUAUGAAUUAUCCGGCCCGUUUGGUUAGUGGUGUUAAAUGGGAAUUUUAGAAAAAUUUAAGCGAAAAAAUAAAAAAAAUGAAGCAAAUAAGCUAAAAUCUAAACUUUUUC